GUUAGUCUAUAAUCUGUACGGUGGAAAAAUUUGAUUUCUCAUUUCUGAUUAAAGUAAUAUUUGUUGCUUGAUUACUUUGAUUCAGAAGCGCGAAAUAUUGCUUUAUUAGUCCGCCGAAGGAGCCGCGUCAACGCUUCGUUUUAUGGCAGGACAGUGUACCUUAUUACAAUAUUUAUCAAAAUUUUUCCGACAAAUUGCUUAUGUUAUGUAAAGGUUAACAGUGCACACCUAAUAGUUCAAAAUGAUUACACUUAGAGGAAAAUUGAAGAAAAAUUCAGAUGUGUUGAGUAACAAAUCUGAUGAAAUUCCUGGAAAAAGAAUUUCAAUAAGAGAUAAACUACUUAUAAAAGAAGCACAAGAAAUGGAACAAAAUCUUCCUAGUAAUUGUAAAGUUACCUUUAAUGAUCCACAUUGUUUGCAUGAGUUUGAUUUACUUAUUGUGCCAGAUGAAGGUUAUUGGAGUGGAGGGUACUUUCAUUUCCUAAUCACUGUGCCAGAGGAUUAUAAUAUAAUUCCACCUACAGUCAAAUGUUUGACAAAACUAUGGCAUCCUAAUAUAAAUGAAGAUGGACAAGUUUGUUUAUCAAUUCUGAGACAAAGUAGUAUUGAUGGAAUGGGAUGGGCACCUACACGUAAACUGAAAGAUAUUGUUUGGGGUCUAUGUUCUCUCUUUAGUGACUUAUUAAAUUUUGAUGAUCCUCUAAAUAAAGAAGCAGCUGAUAUGUUCUCCAAGGAUAAAGAAUUAUUUUAUAUUAAAGUAAAAGAAUAUAUACUGCAGUAUGCAAAAAGAUGAUUGAAAGUAAGAUUACUGCAAUGCCAAAAAACUGAAUUCCUAAAAUUAAAAUUUUUGAGUAGCUGCAUAGUGAUGCAGAGAACUUUUCCGACAGAUAUGUGUACACAUUGAGAAAAAAACAUUUUGAUUUGCGCUUCUAAUUUAUGAAAAAGUAGAUUGUACCUACAGUCUUUCUAAUUAACUUAAUUAAAUCAUGUUCUUUAUUUGUUCCUUGUUAGUGUACUGCUCUGAAUGUAUCUUUUUAUUUUUAUGUGCUUGCAAGCCAUUAAAGCACAAGCUUUUCCUUAACGUAAAAUUAAGAAUUGUGAUUAAGAAAUUAUUGAUUUGUAAAUAAAUACAAU